GCAGCGUCCGAGAGCCGAGCAUGAGCGUGACCGUGGCCGAAGCCCAAGCGCUGCGCAAGAGCCUCGAGCGGCCGCCCGUCGACACGUCGCAGUCCGACAUCUUCUUCCAGCAGUUCGCCAUGUUCGCCGCCAUCGGCCGCCAAGAAGAAGCGCGUGUCUCGACGGCCAAAGCCCGGCAAGAGGCCGAAUUUAUGAGCCUGCUCUACGCCUACUUUUCAGGCUCGGACCCCGCGAGCUACCGCCAGUUCCUCGAGACGCCGCGAGCGCGCGCACCGCCGCCCAUGUCGCUGACGACCAAGCAGGUGCCGCCGUCGCCGCAAGUGGCGACGCCGCCGACAAGCAAUAGCAGCUCCAUGUCGCCGCUGCACCUCCCGCGCCUGCUCCCGGUCGUCACGCCGACACUGCAUCUCUCGACGCCGCCGGCAUCGACCAACCCAAAGCCGACGGCCAGCUACCACAUGGACCUCCCGGCCUCGACGUACACGGAGGCCCGCAGCCGCCAGCCCGCCUACAGCAUUUCAUCAACCACGGCAACGGUCCCGGAGGAGUACGACGAGCACUACGACAAUAGCCCGACGAGCUCGGUCGACGACAACAACCACAGCCACCACGACGACCCGAGCCACCACAAGCACGAGGCCGAGAACCGAUUCGACGUUGUCUUCCAGCAGCAAUCGAUGGGCAUGAAGCUCGGAUACGACCCCGUGAAGAAGUGCGCGGUGGUCAAGGAGAGCUUUGAUGGCACCGAGUCGAAGAAGUAUACGCAGAUCACGAGCGGCGUCGUGAUCCUCUCGGUCAACGGGCUCUCGCUCUGUGGCAUCACCCUCUCCAAGAUCAUGUCGCGGCUCCGCGAGGCGCAACGCCCGGCGGUGAUUCGCUUUGAGCGACCGCUUGCCUCCUAAAGACGCAAACGACUCGCUUCUCUUAUGUGUAUAACUUAAAAGCGCUUGAUCCUAUACGUC